CGCGGGUCUAUGUUUUAUUCUGUCUUUGCAUUUAUUUCUCUCUCUUGUGUUUCUUUUAGUUUAAAUUUGACUUUCUGUACUAUUGGAACUUAAUCAAUUUUUGCUCUAAAAACCAUAUUCCCCUUCUUUCGCUUAAUUCGACCGCUCAAUUCAACAUAAUCGUCGGCCUCCUAUCAUGCAGAGCGCUCACUCCUAUCAUACAGAGUGCUCCGCGCUGUUGCCGCCACUUGUCCUGUGCGUCAAGUCGCCGAUCGAGUGGUGGGCCUUUCGGCCGAUUGGAGCCUCUUCGAGUCGCGGUUCUUCGUCUUCGGGUUGACUCUUCAUGCUCGAGAUGGUUUUGGCUUUUCGACGGCGUGCCAGAUGGCUCGCUUAUGGAGUCAUCCAUAACUUUAUAUACUAGCACAUGUCCAAUGCAUAUUUAUUUUAGCACAUGUGUCAAUACAUUAUUUGUGAAUAACUAUGGAUGAGUUCGAGUCAUUUUGACUCCAUAGCAAAACCACAAAUUUAUCUCAUAAAUUUCUUUGUACAACUUUUGAAAUAACUUUUCAAUUAAUUUUAUCAAAUAUUUUUAUAAUAAUAACUAAUUUUUCUGUCAUAAUUUAUAAGCUAUCAGCUACAAAACUGAAAAUUCUCGGUCUUUCUAAUCUCCACACGAGGAAAUUGUCCACUCGAGAAAAUAGAAUUCACGUUUUCUUGUUUGGAUUUAUGACGUCAUAGGAGACAAACUGAAAAGGAAAAUAAUAAUAAAAUCGGAGAUAAAGAAUUUUUGUAGCCAAUUGCAAUGGCCACCACACAUCUUCCCGCCACCAUUCUGCGGCCACCAACCCGCCGCCGCCACUUGACCACCGCCGCAACCUCCUCCUUCACUCCGUCACCAAAUUACUUGCAUAAAACCAAAUUUCUGGCAUAUAGAAUCUCAGAAUGCAAAAAUCCCAAGUGCGCGGUCAGGCUAAGAAGCGUAGCUCAAGAGGAGAGCCCAACAGAAACUAGCGCCGCCGCCACGGAUGUCGGCCUUCGAUUGGUUGAUUUCCUGUACGAGGAUCUUCCCCAUCUAUUCGAUGAUCGUGGGAUCGAUCGGAUGGCUUACGAUGAGCGCGUGAAGUUCAGGGACCCGAUUACGAAGCACGACACCGUAAGUGGGUACCUCUUUAACAUCGCCAUGUUGAGGAAGCUCUUCAGCCCUGAUUUCCAGCUGCACUGGGUUAAACAGACAGGACCAUACGAGAUAACUACACGGUGGACUAUGGUGAUGAAGUUCAUCCUCUUACCUUGGAAUCCCGAGUUAGUCUUCACAGGCACUUCUGUUAUGGGCAUUAAUCCUGAAACUAUGAAGUUUUGCAGCCAUGUGGAUUAUUGGGAUUCCAUUGAGAACAAUGACUAUUUUUCAGUGGAAGGCUUGCUUGAUGUCUUAAAGCAGCUGCGCUUUUACAAGACUCCUGACCUGGAAACACCCAAAUAUCAAAUACUGAAAAGAACUGCAAAUUAUGAGACAGUAACUUUACAGAAAAAUGGUUAUAUUGCUGCGGAUUACAUUGCACCAAGUGUCAGAAAGUAUGACCCUUUCAUCGUCGUCGAAACAAAUGGCGAUAAGCUGUCUGGUUCUAGCGGCUUCAACGCAGUGGCUGGGUAUAUAUUCGGGAAGAAUUCUGCAGCAGAGAAAAUAGCAAUGACCACACCGGUAUUUACAGAAGCAUUCGACCCUGAAAUCUCCAAGGUGUCGAUUCAGAUAGUUAUUCCACCAGAAAAGGAUAUCAACAGCUUACCAGCACCAGACAGAACAGAAAUAAGAUUGAGAAAAGUGAAAGGAGGUGUAGCAGCAGUAUACAAAUUCAGCGGGAGACCAGCUGAGGAAGUUGUUCGGGAGAUGGAAAAGGCUCUGAGGUCUAAUCUUGAAAGGGAUGGCCUGAAAGCUAAAGCCGGUUGUCUGUUAGCUCGAUACAAUGAUCCUGGGAGGACUUGGAGCUUUACAAUGUUAAGCUUUAGGAUUUCCCCGUCCUUGCAGACUCCUGACAUGCAAAUUGCCACCAUCGGUCAUCAGCAUAGUCAGGUCGUUCAAGGGCCCUAA